UAUGAAAUAACUAAUUAAAUUUUUUAUUUUCUGUUAGAAAACCAAAAUACGCAUUUUCGAAUUUAAGCGCUAGUAUAGUCAGUACACAUGUGUUCCGGAACUAGGGUGAUGAUCGUGUCCUUUGUUAUCACAAGCCGUGGUGGCAUACACAGCUACAAUUCACAACAAUGGUGGUGCCGGUCGUGUUUUAGGUUAAAGUUGUGUGGUUUUCAGUGAUUUUAGUCUGAUUAGCAUUGUGAAAAAUGGACAAUAGGAUCACAAUAUGUGACCCAGACGAAGAAGAAGAAAUCGACAAUGAAAUAUUUCGAGAUAUUGAGCCAGUCACGUGGAUCAACGAUGAUCCAAACUAUGAUUUGGAUGAAAUCAACAUGUUCUUCCAUAGGGUGGAUUCAGAUCAAAUUAUAUAUGAAGAAAAAAAGAAAAAAUGUAAAUUUAUUGGUAAAUAUGUUAUGGGUGAUGUUCUUGGUGAAGGUAGUUACGGAAAGGUGAAAGAAGUGUUGGACUCAGAGACACUUUGUCGAAGAGCCGUGAAAAUCUUAAAAAAGAAGAAACUUCGUAGAAUCCCAAAUGGAGAGCUUAACGUUCAACGGGAGGUAAAACUAUUAAGGAUAUUAAAACAUAAGAAUGUAAUUAACCUUGUAGAUGUUUUAUAUAAUGAUGAAAAGGAGAAGAUGUACCUAGUUAUGGAAUUUUGUGUAUGUGGAUUACAGGAUAUGUUAGGGAGCGCGCCUCUUAAGAAGCUUCCAAUUUGGCAAGCGCAUGACUAUUUCUGUCAGUUGUUGGAUGGUUUAGAAUACCUUUAUAGUAAAGGAAUAGUACACAAAGACAUAAAGCCAGGGAAUUUGUUAUUAGCUUUAGAUGGCACUUUGAAGAUUAGUGAUUUUGGAGUUGCAGAGGCAUUAGACAUGUUUUCUGAAGAUGAUACCUGUAAAAUGGGACAAGGUUCACCAGCAUUUCAGCCUCCUGAAAUUGCAAAUGGCUGUGAAACAUUUUCUGGUUUUAAAGUAGAUAUAUGGAGCAGUGGAGUUACAUUGUACAAUAUAACCACGGGUGAGUACCCUUUUCAAGGCGAUAAUAUUUAUAAAUUAUAUGAAAAUAUAGGAAAAGGUGAAUAUACAAUACCUGAAGAGGUAGAAGAACCUUUAAAAUCUCUUAUACAAGGAAUGUUACAAAAAGAUGCAGAUAAAAGAUUUAGUUUACAAGAAGUUAGAAAGCAUCCAUGGACUAUAUGCAGGCAUCCUAGAACACAAGAAGAAGUGCCUAUACCUCCUCUUAAAGGACACAAAUGGCACAGUAUGACUGUAUUACCGUACCUGAUGGAAUAUCAUUAUGGAGGUGACGACAAUCCAACAUAUUAUACUGAGCAUCAGUUGAAUGAAGAAAAAAGGCUUCAAGAAAUGGAUAGAAUCAGUGAAGACCAAAAAGCUACAUGGAAUAGUCACAACAAACCAAAUCCACAUCAAAGUAAACGAAGAUGGCGUAAACCAAUUUCUUGUAUUAAUGUUAAGAAAUUUCCAUCUUGUAAGCCAUCGUGAUUUGAUACGUUGUUAUGCUUAUUUUUUUAUUACAUAUUUUCCUGACUAUGUCGGAUGCAAAGUUUCUCUUCAAUGGAGAUGACUGAAAAUUUAAUAAGUGCUGAAGCGCUAGGAUAAAUACCUAGCUGCAGCUUGAAUUGAAUAUAAAAUUUAAACUAAUUCGAAAACAUUAAAUGUCAACAUUUGUGAUAUUAAUAUUAAAUAGUCAUAGUAGAUAAUUCAUCAUGCUCUGUUAAUUACGAAGUUAACAACUCGACGCCCAAAUAAAGUAAUUUUCUUUCAUGUGCCAUAAUGCAGUUACAAUUACUAAUAUGUGUUGUUAACAACAUUUUUUUUUUGUUUAAUUUUUUCCUUUUUUUGUUGACCUAAAUGAUAAAAAAAUCAAUUUAAAAACCUCUAUAAAAAUGUUUUAAAUUGAUUUUUAAUAUCAAUCAUAAAUUGAUUUGACACUUUAAUUAAACUCGUACUACCAGUACAUUGCAAAAUAUAUUAUUUUAAAUUUAAUGUGCAUAGUACUUUUAUUAGUUCAAAUGUUAUUAAAUACAAGCAUUUGAACUAUCUUUUAUUUUUCAUUAAAAACGAGAACUUUUAAUUAAUGAACUCGUUUAUGUAUUAUGUUAACAAACUAUUUGUAACAUGCAGAUUCAACAGUCAAUGUUAUAAUGGAGGAUAAAACAGAUUAUUUGGUUGUAACAAAUAAUGCUUGGUGCUGGUGAAUACCAAAUGCGUGUCACAAAUACCAUUUUUAAUUGAUAUUGAAAAUUUUCCUCCAAUAUAUGUACAUGUUAAAAAUAUUUUAUAUAUAAUUGUUAUUUAGAAAAUAUGAUCUGUGUUUGUAGACUCUAUGUAUAUUAUAAUAUUAUCAUUGCGAAAUGACUUAUAAACACUUAAUGCAAUACUUGUAACAUGACUUAAUAUAUAACAGAUAUUAAUUCUCUUAUGAUGCAAGGAUAUAAAUGAUUGUUUUACAUGCAUACUUAGAUAUUAUUGAAGCGUACUUGAAUACUAUUAAAUCUAAACAUGAUAUUGUUAAUUUAUAUCUGCUUUUAAAUCUCUUAAGUAUUUCAAAAUUGUGUUUUAAUACGUUCCGUGCCAAGCCAUUUCUGCCUGACUUGUCGUUCAGGCCAUUUGAUAUUUUGAAUAAAGAUUGAAGACCUAACCGGUUAGGUUGGAUUAGGUUAGGUCUGGAUCUUUGGGUUAGGUUGGGUUAGGUUUGGUUUCAUACCUAACAUAUUCCGUGCAAAGCCGUUUUUGCCUGAUUGUCGUUCAGGCCAUUUGAUAUUUUAAUUAAAGAUUGAUAUAUUAUCACACAAUAUUUCAUUACAUCAUUAAUACAUAUGUAAUUUUCUUUUUCUUAUGUUCUAUACUGAAUUUUGUAUAAUGCAUCAUUUUUUUGGUUGAAGUAUAUUUUACAGAGUUAUACUUAUCAUAAAAUUUAUGUUUUCAGCGCAUUAAAUAAAUAUGAAGCGUAUACCACCGAUGGUACACAUGGCACGGAACGUGUUAAUAUUAUAUAAAAUGAUGUCAAUGUUGAGCGAUAAAUUUGACGUGUAUUAGUUAAAGCCUUUGUAUAUAAUCACGUAAAUUGUAAAUUCAAUCUGUAAAAAAAUAUACAUUUGAUAAAUUUCUUUGGAGAAAAUAUGUAUUAUAUGCAAAAUACGCUUCAACAGUAAAAUAAUUUCAAAUAAAAAUGUUAUUAACGGUUAAAGAAAUAACAAAAGAUUUGUUAUGAUACGAGCAAGAAACAUGCUUUUUAUCAUAUAAACAUGAUUUUAAAUAUUUUCAUUUUGAUUACAUCAUUUUUACUGAAAUAAAAGAAUCGUAAUGAAAUGUUAUAAUAUAAAUAUUACGUAACAUUUAAUUAUAAAGAGUAUAAGUAUCAAUUUUUUUUGGAAAAAUUGCGGUGCCUAAAUACUGCCAAGUACUAAAGGAUUAUAAGAAAUAGUCAAACUCUUUCUGAUUGUACAUAUUAUACAUAUGUUAUUUUUAUCUUAAUAUCAACUGAAAACAAGUAGGGAAUGACAGCUGCU